GGCUCUGCCGGUGAUGUUCGCUGUCACUCUGGAUCUCAGGAUAUUUGCCAACAAUGCGGAGCAGCAGCUGCAGAAGAAGAGCAAAGGUCAGCCGGGCGAGAUGUUGGAGAAAGCAGCCGAGCAGCUGAUGAGCUGCUUCAGAGUGUGUGCCAGCGACAAUCGUGCGGGGAUCGAGGACUCGAAGAAGUGGGGGAUGAUGUUUCUGAGCAACCAGCUCUUCAAGAUCUACUUCAAGAUCAAUAAGCUGCACCUGUGUAAGCCUCUGAUCCGAGCCAUCGACAGCUCCAACCUGAAGAACGACUACAGUCCGGCUCAGAAAGUCACCUACAAAUACUACGUGGGCCGCAAGGCCAUGUUCGACAGCGACUUCAAGCCGGCCGAGGAGUUUCUGUCGUACGCCUUCCACCACUGCCAUCGCUCCAGUCAGAAGAACAAGAGGAUGAUCCUCAUCUACCUGCUGCCCGUCAAGAUGCUGCUGGGUCACAUGCCGACUCAUCAGCUCCUGAGGAAGUAUGACCUCAUGCAGUUCGCUGACGUCACCAAGGCUGUGAGCGAGGGGAACCUGCUGCUGCUGAACGAGGCUUUGGCCAAACACGAGACCUUCUUCAUCCGCUGUGGGAUCUUCCUCAUCCUGGAGAAGCUGAAGAUCAUCACCUACAGGAACCUCUUCAAGAAAGUGUAUCUGCUGCUGCGGACGCACCAGCUGCCUCUGGACGCCUUCCUGGUGUCUCUGAAGAUGAUGCAGCUGGACGACGUGGACAUCGACGAGGUGCAGUGUAUCCUGGCCAACCUCAUCUACAUGGGUCACAUCAAAGGUUACAUCUCCCACCAGCACCAGAAGCUUGUGGUCAGUAAACAGAAUCCAUUCCCUCCUCUGUCCUCAGUCUCCUAGACUACGUUACCCACAAUCCCCUCCGGCUGCCACGCUCCACAGGGAAAACUAUUCUAUUCAUUCUUUUUUUUAUUUUGUACUGUAAAAAAUUGUUGAAUAAAACAGAUGCUGGUUUGUA